AUGUUUAAAAUAAACGUAAAUAGUAACAGCUCACAGACAAAUCCAUCACAACAUCCAGCAAUGGAACCAAAAACAACGAAGAUAACAGAUGAAUAUGAUAUAUCAAACCAUAUUUUAGGCUUAGGAAUUAAUGGAAAAGUAGUUCAAUGUACUAGAAAAAGCGACGGAACUAAAUAUGCUUUGAAGGUUUUACAUGAUAAUCAUAAAGCUAGACGAGAAGUUGAGUUACAUUGGAGAGUUUCUGGAUGUCGUCAUAUAGUUAAUAUUGUUGAUGUUUUUGAAAACACAUAUGGAGGUACAAAGUGCUUGCUUGUUGUAAUGGAAUGUAUGACUGGCGGUGAAUUAUUCACUCGCAUUCAAGAACGACAAGAUGGUCCAUUUACUGAAAGGGAAGCUGCUCAAGUAAUGCACGAAAUUUGCAUAGCACUAAGAUUUUUACACGAUAGAAACAUUGCGCACAGAGAUUUGAAGCCGGAAAACUUGCUCUAUUCCUCACCCGAUUGCGAUGCCAUUAUAAAGUUAACAGAUUUCGGUUUUGCGAAGGAAACUUAUGUAAAAGACACCCUACAAACUCCAUGCUAUACUCCAUAUUAUGCUGCUCCUGAAGUGCUUGGCCCAGAAAAGUACGACAAAUCAUGUGACAUUUGGUCACUAGGAGUAAUUAUGUACAUAUUGCUGUGUGGAUUUCCACCAUUCUACAGUAAUCAUGGACUGGCAAUAUCUCCUGGUAUGAAGAAUCGAAUAAGAACUGGACAAUAUGAUUUUCCGUCUCCUGAAUGGUCUAACGUAUCGAAUGAUGCCAAAGAAUUGAUCAAAGGAAUGUUAAGUGUUGAUCCAAACAAGCGCUUGACCAUUGAAGGUGUUAUUAGAAACAGCUGGAUUUCUCAAUACACAAAUGUCCCACAAACUCCCCUCCACACAAAUCGUGUUUUGAAGGAGGAAGAGCAACAAUGUAAAACCUUUUUUAGGCCGGAAGUGCAAGAAGAAAUGAACCGCUCGUUAGCUAGCAUGAGAGUUGACUAUGGAUUAAUGUUGAAAAAUCUUGAUAGCUCAACCAACUCACUUUUAAACAAACGCAAAAAAGCUAAAGGUAAUGUUGGUGAAUCGUCUACAAAAUAUUCAACAAACUUUUAA